AUGGACGGCAGUGGUGGUGGUGGUGGUUACCGGCCGUUUUCCGUCAACUUCCCGAACCCCAUCCUCCCACCUUUCCCACCGGUGAUUGUUCACCAAAGAUACAAUCAUCAAGAGAUUCUUCCCUUCCCUGAGAGCUUUGGUUCUUCUUCGUUUCAUGGCGGCGCAAGCAGUACUAACAGCCUGCUGCCGGCGGCCGAUGCCGCGACGGCGUCUUGGCUGAGUCAUCUCCAGAACGUGAACUUUGGGGGGAGCCGUGGCAGCUUUCCCCACGGACUGGUGGCGCCGCCGCCGGCGAGCUGGGGUAACCAGAACCCGGAGAUGAUGAGCGCCGCUGGCAGUCCUGAAGAAACAAGGAGAGAGAAAGGACAUGAUGAGCGCCGCUCCUCUAAUGGCGUCGCCUUCAUCAAGGGCCAGUGGACUGAAGAAGAAGAUAGGCUUCUGAUUAGGUUGGUGAACGAGCACGGAGAUAGGCGAUGGAGUGUGAUCGCCACCAAGAUUGUCGGCCGUGCCGGAAAACAGUGCAGAGAGAGGUGGCAUAACCACCUUCGUCCUGAUAUUAAGAAGGAAUCGUGGAAUGAGGGAGACGAGAGGCUGUUGGUGGCAGUGCAUGAGCAGCUGGGAAACCGGUGGUCGGAGAUCGCGAAGCGGAUUCCCGGCCGGUCGGAGAACUCGAUCAAGAACCACUGGAACGCCACCAAGAGACGGCUGUUCUCCAAGAGGAGAAUGAGGUCGUCGUCGUUGCAGGACGCCGGGAGCAGCCGCGCCGGCGGGAGGAGGAGUUCGGUGGUUCUUCAGAACUAUAUAAAGUAUAAGUACUUCAGUGGCCUCAGCCUCGGCCAGCCCGGAAGUUCGCUCGUUCCAGAGCAACCUUCAAUCCAACAACAGGUUAACGUCGACGAUUCUCCGUCGAUCUUGACGGAGACGUACGAUGAUGAGAUGAACUUCAUGCAGAAACUGUUCGGUAACUCCUCGUCAUCCUCGACGUCGCCGACGGCGGCUAACAAUGGCUCCCGGAGCGAUAACAGCGCCGAAUUCGCCGCGUUUGGGCAGAGGACUAAUGAAGUAGACAGCGUGCCGGAGGAAGAAAGCUGGAGCACCUAUCUGGCGUCCGAUCCAAACUAAUACGAAAUGGGCGGUGCUGAUCAAAUCAACUCCUCAACUCCACAAGCUCCCGCCGCUAACAACACAAACUCUGGCGCCGGGUAUGGCAGCGCCGCCGCUUCUCACUGUGGAACCCCACCCUUGAACCGCUGGUCUUCCUCCGCCACCGCCGCCGCAAUGGAUAUGGAUUUGAUGGACAUGGACUUGGUGUCUGCAGCUUCUUCUUCUCACUGCCCCCAUGGCUAUGGAAGCUGCGCUGCUGCACCAAAACCCCGCGCCAAAUGUUCUAAUUACUAUCUUAAUUACUAAUUAAUGGUGUUUUAUGUUGCAAUUAGCAGACUUGUAAGCUAUAUUUAAUUUGCUUAAUGUGUGUGUAUGUAUAAUAUAAUUAUAUGUG